ACUUCUGAAUAUCCAACGAGCGUGCUCCGUGGGUAAGGAGAAGAAGAGGCUCGGUGUGGUGUUGUUUUUGACUCUAGAAAUCUGCAUUUUCGGCUUAAAAGGCUCAAAAUCAGCGAUAGUGUCGAGUCCAGCGGCUAAACGCGGUUCUUGUGUUCCUGUUUUUCGGACGCAGCUCUCGGUAAAAAAAAAAAAAGCAGCGUCGCCUCGGUGUACUCGGAGCUCGGCACGGAACAAUGCCUGGCGAAGCCGCGAUGGCAACGGAGCUCGAGCCCAGCGGUAAUACCGCUACAGCGUCACCCCAGAAGUCUUUUCCUUUUGUUUUAAAGAAAAUUAUGGACAUACCUCCUCCGAACAUCCUGGAGGAAGGAGAAGACGAAAUAGAGAAGGAGAAGUUGUGCUCAUCUGAAGAUGUGGAUGGAGGAGGGGCUGUGGCAAACAAUGCUGGUGGAGGCUCCAGAGGAGGUGGUGGUGGAAGUGGGGGCAGUGGAGGGGUAUCAGCCUCCCUGACCCCAGCCAUUUGGGAGAAGACCAUUCCGUAUGAUGGGGAGACAUUCCACUUGGAAUACAUGGACUUGGAUGAGUUCCUCCUGGAGAACGGUAUCCCUGUGACCCUGGAGGAGGAGGAGCUGCAGAAGACGCUGACAGUUGAAGACAAAGGCAAAGCCAUUCCCAAGGCUAUUGCAGGAGCUACCACCACCACUCCUACUCCUACUACUACUGAAACAACUACUCCCGCUACUCCUGUUGCUGCAGACUCAUCAUCUCCCCCCUCUGCCUCCAUGGCUACCCCAGAUCCAGAGGAGCCUGUGACAGUCACCACGUUACAACCGGCUAAGCUAGAAGAAGAACAAGAAGAAGAAGAAGAAGAAGGAGAAAAAGAGGAAGAGCAAAAAGAGGAAUCUUUGCCUGAGGAGGCAACGCCAAAAGCAGAAGUAAAGAAAGCGGAACGUAACACGCCCUCCCCAAUCGACCCAGACGCCAUUGAGGUGGACAUUAAUUUCCAGCCAGAUCCCACAGACCUGGUCCUGUCCAGCGUGCCCGGGGGUGAGCUGUUCAACCCACGCAAGCACAGGUUCUCCCAGGAGGAGCUGAAGCCGCAGCCGAUGAUCAAGAAGGCCAAGAAGGUUUUUGUUCCCGAUGAGCAGAAGGAUGAGAAGUACUGGUCGAGAAGAAAGAAGAACAAUCUGGCAGCGAAGCGUUCCCGCGAUGCACGCCGCCUUAAGGAGAACCAGAUCACCGUGCGUGCAUCCUUCCUGGAGCGUGAAAAUGCUGCUCUGAGGCAGCAAGUGGCUGAGAUGCGGAAAGACUGCGGUCGCUGUAAGAACGUCCUGGCUCGAUACGAAGCCAAGUACGGCCCACUGUAAAAAAUAAAUAAAUAAAUAACAGAAAAAAGAAAACUCACAAUAAAACCCAUGACGAGACAAAAGCAGAACUCCCUUCCCCGCAAAUUUCAACACAGAUAUAAACACCUAGGGAAUCUAAAUUUGCACUGUUGUCUUUGCUGACCUCCAGUCACUGUGUUCGGCUCCAGUUUCUAACACAACGCUGGAGUUUUGGAUGCACACUGGCAGGCAGUGAGGCAUGAUGGGAGCGGUGGUCACAGGAAGGCCUGUGGAGAGCGCCUGGCUCCUACACUCGGAGAGGAAGUGGACCGUUCUGGAUUCUCCCAUGGUCAAACACACAUGGAAAAUAUGGUCGUCUCGAGAAAAGUUCAAAGAGAGUCAAGCGACAUGAAAAGAGCGGGUCGGUUAGAAAGAAUCGCACGCUUUCAAAUUCGAUACAGCAGUUUCCGUCAGAGCACAGCACACCUUAAUGGACCAAAGCACGAGUAGCGUCAGUCAGAAGCUGCAUAUUUAGAAAGGUGCACUCCUCCUGUUUCCCUUGUGUUGCACUUAAUUAGGAGGCUCAGAAGAAGAAGAAUAUUUAGUGAAGUUGCGCAGUGUAGGAGAGGAACAGAUGAAAAAUGAGCCGGAGUCAGGUUUAAGGUGGUACUCCCAGUCUGGAGAGGGUAAGAGGAGGGAGACCUCAGGAAAGGUGUGGUCCAGUCAGAGUUCUUCCGUCACACAAGCACGCCUCUGCACACUGUUUAAAAACAACUGUUAUGUAUAUAUAAUCAUCUCUCUGCACCAUUUUUAUAGUGUAUAAUCCAUUUUGCACUUUUUCAUUAAAAAACAGAAAAGAAAACACACACACGGUGUGCGGAGAUUAAGCUGGUAGCAGCUGUCAACCUUAUUAACGAUGAUCACAGUGGGAGCUGUUUUAAUGGUAGCAUACUAAAGAAAAUGCAAAGUAGGUCUAAAGUUUAAAGCUUCUGUGAUUUUUAACAUCUUUUUUUCUACUAAGAUCAGCUUCCAGAGACUCAAAGAUUCAGUGAAGGAGCAGAUUGUUUUAUAUAUGGGGAAAGAGUAGUAGUUUCUAUCUGUGGGUUACUGUUAAAGGCAUGCUGUGCAUUUGAUCUCCAAGGCCUUUGAUUGUAGAGGGGUAUGUUCACAUGUACAGUACUACGCACAUGUCUUGUGCCACCCUUCAUUCCCUAAAAUUUUGCUGAUAAAGUGGGAUAUAGAUGCAGGAUUUUAUUGACAUACAUGGAAAUACAGUGUCUAAGACAAACACAGAGUUUGUAUUAUUCUAACCAGCUUGAAAGUUGAUAUUUGGAAGGAUCACCUUAUUCUUCAACACAGCCUGAUCUCUCUUAGGCAGCUUUCUUCUCAUUUCUUUAAGUCGUCUUCAGGAAUAGUUCU